AUGCUACGAAACAAGGUGAAAAAAUCAGAAGUGGAAGAAGAGAAUAGCAGUGAAUCGAAGCAGCGAAGACCGAAAUGCGCUAGAUGCAGAAACCACGGAUUGAUUUCGUGGUUGAGGGGACACAAGAGAGAAUGUCGUUACCGCGAAUGCAUGUGUCCAAAAUGUUCUCUCAUUGCGGAGAGACAGAGAGUAAUGGCUGCGCAGGUAGCAUUAAAACGACAACAAGCUGCCGAAGAUGCCAUAGCACUGAGUAUGGCCAAAGUGACAACGGGUACUAAAUUGAAUCGUUUACCUCCUGGAAAAAUUUUUGGGAUGACAGUGACGGAACCCGACACAGUUCCAAAAAUGAAUGUUGAUACGUCUAACACUAGUGCCAAGCCAAUCUUCACUGAUUUCAAAGCGCAUUCUCAAAAAGAACAUGCCGAUCAAGAAAAAAACAGUUCUCCUAAAUCAUCCGAAGAAAAAUCAGACGAGCCGUCACAACCUCGAGCCGAUUCGGAGAAUAAAUCAUCCCCAGCAACAAUCUCGCAAGCAUCAAUCGACACCUUAGCUCGUCUUUUUCCUGGUACCAAAUUAUCAGUAUUGCAACUGGUACUUCAACGCUGUGGUCAAGAUCUACUCAAAGCUAUUGAGUAUUUCGCGAGCGACAACGAACGUGGAUGCUCAGCUUUUAAACCACCUGCUGAAUUAUGUCAGACGGUAUCGCAAUCGAAACAUCAGCCGGUGGUUGAAACAGCUGCACUCCCUGUAGAGAGGCAACCUGAAAGUUUUGCUCUGCCGCCGAUUUGUUCGGCCAAUUAUCAUGCUGACGCCUCGCUUCAAGGAUGUUGUUUCGUGAAUGUUGUUUCUGAUUCGAUGCCGAGAAGCCUUGAGGUCUACACUGGCUUUCCACUCGGUAAACAAACGAGCUACGAAUCAAGCUUCUUCGAUGCUGGUCUACAACCAUCUCAACAAUCUCAAUUAGCUCAAAGACCCGUAUUUCAUUUGCCCUCGUUUAUACCAAGAAUACCAUGUGUGCAACCAAAUUGUUUGUUGUGUUAUAAGUUUUCAUAG